AUGACCUUCGCCGCCAGCUGCUGUGGAGCAGCGACCUGCUCGGCCGUGUGCAGCGCUGCCGGCAAGUGCAACAACAGCAUGGCCACUCGUAUCGCCUACGCCGUUAUCCUGCUGCUCAACUCGCUUCUGUCCUGGAUCAUGCUCACCGACUGGGCCGUCAAGAAACUCCAACAUGUCCUGCUCGACUUCGCCACCAUCUCUUGCAACGGCAAGNNGGCCUGCUAUGGUUUCACUGCUGUCCAUCGCAUCAACUUUGCCCUCGGCUUCUUCCACGCAAUCAUGGCUCUGCUGCUCAUCGGCGUUCAGAACACACGCGACAAGAGAUCUGCCAUUCAGAACGGCUUCUGGGGUCCCAAGUUGAUCGCUUGGAUUGCUCUCAUCGUCAUUUCCUUCUUGAUUCCCGAUGGUUUCUUCAUUGUCUGGGGCAACUAUGUCGCUCUUGUCGGUGCUGUCCUGUUCUUGCUCCUCGGACUCGUUCUCCUGGUCGACCUGGCCCAUAGUUGGGCCGAGUACUGUCUCGAGAAGGUCGAGAGCACCGACUCCCAGUUCUGGAAGUCGCUCCUGAUCGGUUCUACUCUGACCAUGUAUCUUGGAUCUAUCGUCAUGACAAUCAUCAUGUACAUCUUCUUUGCCGGCUCCGGAUGUUCCAUGAACCAGGCUGCCAUCACUGUCAACCUGAUCUGCCUAUUGAUCAUCUCAGUCAUCAGUGUUCACCCCAUGGUUCAGGAGUCAAACCCCCGCGCCGGUCUUGCCCAAGCAGCCCUCGUCUGUGUUUACUGCACCUACCUGACCUUGUCUGCCGUUGCCAUGGAACCCGAUGACCAUCAAUGCAANCCCCUGGUCCGCGCUCGUGGUGCUCGCAGAACAACCGUCAUCAUGGGUGCCAUCCUCACCUUCUUGACCGUAGCCUAUACCACUACUCGUGCUGCCACCUACGGCCUGGCCAUGGGUACCGGCAAACCUGGCGGCUAUCACCAAGUUGGCGAGGGUGACCACGAGCACGGUCUCGUCGCCACACAGCCCUCGUCACGUCGCGAGUUGCGUGCCGAAGCCCUCCGCGCAGCUGUAGAAUCUGGCUCUCUGCCCGCCUCGGCUCUGGACGACUCGGACGACGACAGCGAUGACGAUGAGUACCCUGGCGCCCAUCCUCGCGACGACGAGAAGAACGCCACCCAGUACAACUACACCUUGUUCCACAUCAUUUUCCUGCUGUCCACAGCAUGGGUUGCGACAUUGCUGACACAAAACGUUGGCGGCGACUCACUGAUCGAAAAGGGCGAUUUCGUGCCCGUGGGACGUACGUACUGGGCGUCUUGGGUCAAGAUUGUCAGCUCAUGGGUGUGCUACGGCAUGUUUGGUUGGACACUUGUGGCGCCUGUCGUGCUCCCCGAGCGCUUCGACUAUUAG